AAGAAGACGAAUAAAACGCCCCAUCUCUGCUCUUCUUCUUGAAUAAAUAAAGGGAAGGUUCCGGGGAGCCAUGGGGAAAACCUGCCCAAUGGCCACGGUGGUGCUCUUGCUGUGUCUCUCCGUUAUAAGAGCGGAGGACCCAUACUUGUUCUUCACUUGGAAGGUGACCUAUGGCACCAUGUCCCCCAUGGGCGUCCCCCAACAGGGCAUCCUCAUCAACGGCCAGUUUCCGGGUCCUAAGAUCAACUGCACAUCCAAUAACAACAUUAUCGUUAAUGUUUUCAACGAGUUAGAUGAGCCUCUGCUCUUGACGUGGAGCGGCAUUCAACAGAGGAAGAAUUCAUGGGUUGAUGGGACUAUUGGGACCAUGUGUCCUAUUAUGCCAGGCACCAACUUCACCUACAAGCUGCAAGUUAAGGACCAGAUUGGCACAUAUUUCUACUUCCCCACUACUGGGCUUCAACGCGCGGCUGGCGGCUAUGGCCCUAUCAAUGUCCAUAGUCGUGAUCUCAUCCCGGUCCCGUUUGACCGCCCCGCGGAUGAGUUCAAUGUUUUUAUCAGUGAUUGGUAUAAUAAAGGCCACAAGACAUUGAAGAAGAUUCUUGAUAGCGGUCGUACCAUUGCUAGACCUGAUGGGGUUGUGAUCAAUGGGAAACAUGGCAAGGUGGGAGAUAAGAUCGACCCACUUUUCACAAUGGAAGCUGGUAAAACUUAUAGGUAUAGGGUAUGCAACGUGGGUAUGAGGACGUCGGUGAAUUUCAGGUUCCAAGGACAUGCCAUGACAUUGGUGGAGAUGGAGGGCUCACACACCAUACAAAAUGUGUACGACUCCCUCGACCUUCAUGUUGGCCAAUGCCUCUCGGUGCUUGUGACGGCCGAUAAAGAGCCUAAAGACUACUACUUGGUUGUCUCUAGUAGAUUCUUUAAGCAAGAGUUUUCCACCGUGGCCAUUAUUAGCUACGCUAAUGGCAGCGGUAUACCUGCAUCCCCAAAACUUCCUCCAUCCCCACCGGAAAACACGGAGGGCAUUGCAUGGUCCAUUAACCAAUUCCGCUCUUUCCGGUGGAACCUCACUGCUAGUGCUGCCCGCCCCAACCCUCAAGGCUCAUACCACUACGGUCAGAUCAACAUCACCCGCACCAUCAAGCUCGUCAAUUCCAAAAGCUACGUGGACGGAAAACUUAGAUACACGUUCAAUGGCGUUUCCCACAUUAACACCGACACCCCACUAAAGCUUGCUGAGUACUUCGGAAUCUCCAAGAAGGUUUUCAAGUACGACGUCAUGGGUGACACCCCUCCGGAAAAUGUCGAGAAGGUGACACUCGCCCCCAACGUCGUCAAUGCCACGUUCCGCAACUUCGUCGAGAUUGUGUUCGAGAACCACGAGAAGACCAUCCAAACCUACGACCUCGACGGCUACUCGUUUUUUGCGGUGGCCAUCGAGCCGGGGAGAUGGAGCCCGGAGAAAAGGAAGAACUAUAACUUGGUGGACGCGGUGAGUCGACACAGCAUCCAAGUCUACCCCAAUUCUUGGGCCGCCAUCAUGACCACUCUGGAUAACGCCGGGAUGUGGAACCUGAGGUCAGAUAUGUGGGAGAAGGCCUACUUGGGACAACAACUCUACUUCAGCGUUCUUUCACCGGAGCGUUCAUUAAGAGAUGAAUAUAAUCUUCCAGAAAACCAGCAGCUUUGUGGUUUGGUGAAGGGAAUGUAUAUGCCACCACCUUACAGCGGCUUCUAAAGGGUAUAUUAAUGUACUGUAGUGUAGGUCGAGGGGAGGGGGUGUACGACGGAGCAUUACUCCGGUUAAUGGAGCAUUACUCCAGUAGUUAAUGGGAGCAUCACUCCAGUUAACGGAUGUAAACCUGGCCACUUCACUAAAUAAAUGACAGAAGGUUUACUUCCCUUAAUUAUUAUA